CUAGGAGAACUAGGCAUAGGUUUCUCUUCAAUGCUGCUCGCUGCCACUCGGUUUGAUGGUCACUCGCUCUUGGGUUUGGAGGAUUCUAGCUAUGGAGCUUCGAUUCGUCACAGAAAGGCGCGGGGGAUUAGAAUUGUGGCCGCUUGCACGCCUCCUUACAAAGUUCUUAUCACUGGCUCUAGCAAAGGGAUUGGAAUGGCGCUGGCGGAGGAGUUUCUUAGAUCCGGAGACAAUGUGAUGAUCUGCUCGAGACGAGAGGAACACGUAAAUGCGGCUCUACAAAGCUUGAGCAGCGAAUUUGGCAGCCAGCGCUCUUGGGGAAAAGCGUGCGAUGUGAGGGACCCCAAGAGCAUCCGGGAGAUGGUAGAGUUUGCGAGGGACACGUUUGGAAAAGUCGACAUUUGGAUCAACAACGCUGGCUCCAAUGGCUACACGUAUAAGCCACUCGUUGAAACCAGCGACGAGGUGAUCCUGGAGAUCGUCGAGACGAAUCUGAUCGGUGUCAUGCUGUGCUGCCGAGAGGCAAUCAAGCUGAUGCGAGACCAAGGAUCGGAGGGACAUAUUUUCAACAUGGAUGGUGCUGGUGCUGAUGGACGUCCCACGCCAAGAUUUGCAGCAUACGGAGCAACCAAACGCAGCAUCACGCAAUUCACAAAGACUUUACAGGCAGAACUCUCCAUGCAAGGCGUGAAGAACGUCUUCGUGCACAACCUCUCGCCAGGCAUGGUGACAACCGAUCUCCUAAUGUCGGGAACUGACACAAAACAGGCCAAAUUCUUUAUCAACGCGCUGGCAGAACCUCCCGCAGUGGCUGCCGCGUUCUUGGUUCCUCGAAUCCGGAGCGUCGUCGCCGAGAAGAACCCAAAGAGCACGUACAUUCGAUUUCUCACGGGCGUCAAGGCCUACUCUCAAAUUCUCAAAAGGAUUCUCUUCAAAUCAAGGAAAGAUCGCUUCGUCCGGGAAGAAGACUAGGCUAGCCCCGGUUGGCGAAGAUUCCAUUUUCAAAAGUGGAAUAUCCUGGCGCGCUUUUCCAGCCGUCCGACCGGGCCACGUGUCGGCAUUUUGACCGGCGACGUGCCGGCGCUCGAUGCUUCGUUUUCUAGGGCUCUUGCAGCGCGCGGGGGAAAUGGAGGCUUUUUGGAUUCUUGCUGUGGGAAAUCCAAACCAAGAUCGCGCGCU